AUGGGAUCAGAAUACGGAGACAGACGCAAAUCCCUCGUGUCCAUCGCCACCACCAGGUCUCUUAUUACCCGGACCCUCACCCGCAGGGAUACCACCACCACUACUACGGACUGGCCUGACCAAGAGGCUAGCACUAAGGGUCCAAUCGGUCUCACCACCGUAUACAGCCCUCCUGAUGACAUAGUGGUCGACUUGAUAUUUGUCCAUGGGAUCAACGGGGGCUCUCAAAGCACAUGGACCAAGAAUGGAGAUCCAUCAUUAUUUUGGCCUCAAGAAUGGCUCCCUAAGGACCAAGCUUUCCAGGAUGUGCGAAUCCAUACUUUCGGAUAUGCUUCUGCCAUUGCGCAGGGGUCUGUUCUUAAUAUCCCGGAUUUUGCACGAUCCCUACUGUACUCUAUACAUGAUUCACCUGUCAUCCUGAGAGAGAGCAAGAUACCAUUGAUUUUGGUUGGUCACAGCAUGGGUGGACUCGUCAUCAAGAAGGCAUUCAUUUUUGCCCAUGAUAGUGAAGAUAUGAGGCCACUUGUUCGCAGAAUCUGCGCCAUAUUCUUCCUCGCAACGCCCCACCAAGGGGCAGAUCUUGCGCAGACCCUGAGUCGACUUCUACAGGUGGUUUCAGGGACCCGGGCAUUCGUACAGGACCUUUUUCCAGGAUCGCCUGCGCUAGAAUCGAUCAACGAAGAAUUCCCCCAGCUUUGUGGUGACCUACAACUCUUUUCGUUUUAUGAAAACAAACCGAUGAACUAUGUCUUUGGGCGAGGGCUCAUUGUAGACAAAAGCUCCGCGGUAAUGAACUACGUCAACGAAAGAAAGAUGUAUUUAAACGCGAAUCACCGCGAUGUCGCUCGUUUUGCGUCUACCAAUGAUCCUUCCUACCUUGCAAUUAGGAACUCACUGGCAGCAUACAUUGAGAGCAAACGGGGCUCCCAAAUAUCGCAGGGCCAAAGAGUUGAGGGGGAUCGACUGGAAGCCUUGAAUACAUUCCUUAGCCUAUCCGAAGCCCCAGAAGGGGACUUGAUGAGCCAAGAUGACAAUAGGAUUUUGGGCUCAUGUGAUUGGUUCCUACACAAACCCUCUUUCAAACGAUGGCAGGAUUCUUCCUGUUCCCAACUACUUUGGCUACGAGGGCGACCAGGUGCGGGAAAGACUGUUUUAACCAGUCACAUCAUUAACCAUCUGCGGGAAUCGGGGCAAGAUUGCUGUUUUUUCUUCUUCAAGGAGGAGGACAAAUCAAAAGUAUCCAUAAAUUCUUUCUUAAGAUCGUUGGCUUGGCAAAUGGCCCAGUUACACGGCGACAUUUUGUCAGCUGUAUUAGACGUUGCGGCGGCGUGGCAGGACGCAACAAUCAGCAAGUCGGACCAUAAUCCUGUUUGGCAAAGACUUUACCUCCGCGGUCUUCUCAAGAUUCGCUUGAUGAAGCAGCAAUACUGGGUAAUCGAUGCUCUGGAUGAGUGCAAGGCAGGCUCUGAGCUCAUGUCUUUGCUGGCAAAGGCCCAGGAGCUUUGGCCGUUGUCCAUCUUGGUGACCUCUCGAUAUCCAAUGACUUCUAUGGGGUUUACGAACCAGACAAUUGAAGUCGUAUCGGAGGUCAUCGGGGAGCAGGACACAAAGAAAGAUAUAUCACUUCUCCUGCAAGCCCAUAUUGAUUCACUGCCGUCAAGGAAUAUUGAUGAAAAAAAGGCUAUGGUGGACGACAUUACUGAGACGUCAAACGGUUGCUUCCUCUGUGUCGACUUGGUGCUGAAGGAACUCCAGCAAGCCAAUACAUCGGCCGAUAUCCGGAGAGUUUUGGCUAGCAGCUCUGAUAGCAUGGACAAUCUUUACAGCAAGAUUCUCAGCGAUAUGGCCAACACCCGAUUCGGGAAGGAUUUGGCAAAAUCUAUUCUUACCUGGACAGCCUGCUCUUUUCGGCCACUUUCAAUAGAUGAGAUAAACCAGGCCAUUGAGCUGGACAUAAGUGACCGCAUCAACGACGUUGAGCGCUCUAUCAACACAUGUUGUCGCAACAUCGCCUACGUUGACAGCCAGAAAAUGGUCCGGUUAAUCCAUUCGACAGCGCGAGAUUUCCUCCUACGUCAGAACAGCGUUCCAGAGUUCGAAAUUUCAAAGUCACAUGCGCACAGGCAGAUUGCUCUAGCAUGUCUCCAGUACCUCUCCAGCAGCGAGAUGAAAGCUCCUCGGUCAAGAAAAUUGAGUCUCUCCACACAGGUCGAGAAGAAGUCCCCGUUCGCAGAUUAUGCAUGCAAGUUUGUCUUCAAACACUUGACUUUGGCUAGAUCAACGGAUGAGGAUAUUUUCGUCGCCCUGGCGAAGUUUCUCAUGUCACCUAAUAUCCUGAGUUGGAUUGAAUAUCUUGCCAGACAUGGAGAUCUGCAAUUAGUGUUUCAUGCCGGGAAGGCCAUCGACAACCUGUUAACUCGGCGUUCCCAACAUACACCCCCAAUGGGUCUGAAGAAAGAUCUUCGGCUCAUCCAAGAGUGGGGAAAUGAUAUGGUUCAUCUCAUAACUAGAUUUGGUCACCAACUUUCUCUCCACCCGUUGUCAAUCCACCACCUCAUACCCCCAUUCUGUCCCCGCGAUUCGACUGUGCGUCGGCUAUUUGGCUCAUCGCCUAGAGGGCUAUCUGUGCAUGGUUCAUCUUUGCAUACUUGGGAUGACUGCAUGGCCACUAUAUCACAUUCCAAUUCGUGGCAGAUCAUGAGCGUGGCGACAUCAAACAAGUACAUGGCUAUGGGCAUGGCAAAUGGGAAAAUCAUCUUUUACGAUAGUACCACGUGCCAGGAAUGCAAUGCUAUUCAGCAGCAAGGAGCGGUGUUGCAAUUGACAUUUGGGGAGAGCGGAAACUAUCUCGCGUCGGCCGGUGUAAAAUCAAUAUCUGUAUGGAACUUGGAUUCCUGGUCCAAGAUUUGCACGCUCCCAGUCUCAGCAAUAUGCAUCGCCCUGACAUUCACGGAAAAUGACCGUUUUCUACUUGGUGCAUUGAAGAACAAUCAAUUGCUAUACUGGGAUGUCCAAAAUGGCGGUAUCAUCCAGAACGAGCCUACCAAUUGGACGCAGGAUUUUGAAAAGCGUGAUAUCCAAUUCAGGCAACCUACGGGCGCAGCGUUCUGCCCUCAUCAAAGACUCCUGGCAAUUAUCUAUCGCGGGGAGUAUCUGAUCCUGUGGGACUUUGAGCUAGAACAGAUCCACGACGUCUAUGAGAAGGAGUCCGGGUCGCUAUAUGAGUCGUUGAAAGAAAGCAACGGAAGCACAACGGUUUGGACUCUAGCCUUCAGCCCUGCUGUUGACGCAAAUAUUCUUGUUGCGGCUUACUCAGAUGGAGAUACUAUGGUGUACGAUACCUCAUCCGGUGGUGUUAGAGGUGCUCUACGGGGGGUGAAUGCUCACGCGCUGGCGUGCUCCCCAGACGGCCGCACAUUAGUAACUGCCGACUCGCAGGGCACAAUUCAGUUGUACGAUAUGGAAACGCUUAAAAUGAUUUAUCGGCUAAACUUUGACGGGGACCCGUUUGGAUCCGAGAUCCUCACCUUCACUUUGGACAAUACUCGACUCCUUGACGUUCGGGCCCACCAAUGCCGGAUCUGGGACCCUGCAGUGUUACAGAGACAGGAUAUUGACGACAUAAACAGUGACACGGUAUCCGUCUCAACUAACGCACAGGAGAUAGACUACCGCAUUUUGGAAACCGUAAGCAUCACUUCGAUUAUCUGCGUUCGAUCUGCCUCGAUUGUCUUCUGUGGAAAGGAGGAUGGGUCCGUACAUGUCUACGACAUUGCGUCUGAACUUCAGAGCCAGCAACUGUUUGUACAAACUCCUGGGAUACCGAUCAAUUUCCUCCACUUUGACGAGGGUAUUCUCACAUGCGCAGACUCGGCCAGUCACGUCGUAAGCAGGAGGCUUAUGCGACUGCCACGAUCGAGAUGGAGUGUUCAAGGGCCUUUUCUGGAUCUAUACAUUGAAGCAGGUAUACAGCAACUGCUUGCAUGCAACAAACACUCUAGGCUUCUUGUAACUACCGAAACUGAGGAUACUCUUUGGGAUCUAGUUGACUCUAGAAACAAGACUCCUCUCGUUCGCAAGGAGGUCAAAGGCAGAAGAUAUUGGACUCAGAGUGCCUCGUGUCCCGAUCAUCUGCUUCUUGUAAUGCCCACAGGGGCAUUGGCAUACAACUGGACCUCUCUGGAAUGCCUCAACACUGUUUCUCUGGAUCAUCUGCUUCAACCCUCGACAGUGAUCGAUCGCGUGAUCCCUCUCCACGACCCCCGUUUCUUUGCAACAAUAACAAAGGACGCCUCAACCACUCAGUCCUCUGAGCCACAAAUACAUGUGUGGGAUUUCAGAAACUUCAUUUCGGACAACGUGAUCCAAUCCCCCGUGCACAGCUUUGAUGCUGUAUCAUCAAGAGUCGAGACACUUAUUGGGGCGCUUGAUGAACGACUAGUAUAUCUUGACAUUGACCGCUGGGUUUGCUCCGUCAAUCUAAAAAAGAGGGAGGAGCCUAUGAUACGACACUUUUUUAUUCCUAAUGACUGGAUUGGUUCCACCGGUCAAUUGCUACUGGAUCUUGGGCGUAAAGGCGAAAUCAUCUUUGUCAAACUAAAUGAGCUUGUCAUCAUCAAGCGAGGCCUUGAUUUCACACACCAAGGCAGUUCUGAUGGGCCCAGAAAGGGAAGUUUGACUCUCAGACAGGAUGAGCUAUUUGGGCCUUCCUCCUCAGGCUCAGUAUAG